AUGCCCGACAUCGAGUCACUGCGCAUCACGGAGCCCGCCACCGCAACUCCACCGGCACCGAGCAGAGGACCCACGCCGACCGCACCACCACCAGCGACGACAUCGGAGCCGGCGCCACUGCUAUCCAUCGCCGAGGCAACCCAGCAGGCCGCUGCAUCGCGUCCGUCACCAAUCAGGCCACCGCCCGCCGCUGCUGAGACAACGCUAACUGCGCCUGUACGGCCACUGCUGCCGACACCACCACCGACGCCACCUGCUACGUCUGGGUAUUACACCCGGCCACAGCCAAUACCGAUGCUGACCGAGUACUUCACUCAGCCAUCACCGACGCCGCUGUUACCAACGACCGCACCACCGACGCCGCUGACUUCGCCACCCACCGGGCGAUCCGUCAUCCCCGGAGACGUCCUCUAG